CAUACGUUGCCUUCGUUUUUCGAAGCUAAAUGGAGAUAACUUGAAAUAGUUGAUGUGUGACAUACAUGUAUAUAAUGAAAAUAAAUGUUUCAUUUUGUUCAACUGUACUUUACAAUUACCGGAGUCGCAUGUUUUUUAGUAAGCUAAAUGGAGAUGAUUGUUUAUAUUUUGUGUGCUUAAUUACUUUACUAUUUAUUUCAUUUCUUUUACCUCGGGCUAGAAAUGGCAAUGAUAUUCCUGGACCUAAGGGUUUGCCUGUUAUUGGUUGCCUGUUUGAAUUUUCAUUAAAAACUAUGCACACAAAAUGUAUGGAAUAUGCUGAAAAAUAUGGAGAAAUUGUACGAGUAAACAUUUUAGGGAUUAACAUUAUAACACUGAACACGGUCGAUUUGGUACAGAAAGCGUUCACUGAGGACAAAUAUAAAACCCAUCUCAAUGACAGGCCGUCUACCUUCCUCGGGCAGUUCGUAUUUUAUGGCAAUAAGGGAAUCGUCUUGACACCGGAUGGAAUGGUACUGUACAUAAUGAAUUGAGAAAGUUAUUCACAAGAGGAUUUAGAGUGUAUGGAGAAGGAAUUAAAGAGUUCGAGGACAAAGUUAUGCACGAGAUUGUUAGUAUGAAGUCGCGGAUAAAAGAGAUCGGUGACGCUGAGUUUGACCUUGGGCCUAUGCUAAAACGUUCAUUGUCAAAUGUUUUGUCAGUUUUUCUUUCUGGUGAACAAAUCAAUGACUGCGACAACGUCGAUAUAUUUUGGGACUUCAACGAGGCUUUCGACUUCAUCACGUCACCAAAGGCAAAUGCCGUUUAUACAGUUGCCUACUUCAUGCGAUUUCUGCCGGGACAAUACCGGGACAAGUUUCAGGAUAUCAUGACCGCCAGAGAAAGAAUACACGAGAAAUACUUCUUUCAUAUCAAGGAGACACACGAAAGAGGCAAAAUUAGAGGAUACGUUGAUUUUCUUCUGGAUGAACAAGCCAGCCAGCAUGAAAGCGGGAAUGAUGUCCUUCUUACAGAGGAGACUAUAAAGGCAAUGCUGCAAGAAGUUAUUAUAGCUGGCUUUAUAACGACAUUUUCUACGUUGAGUAAUCUAUUUCUUUGCUUGAUGAACCAUCCAAACUACCAGCGUAAGGCACAAGAAGAAUUGAACGAAGUUGUUGGUAAUAAGCGUCUACCGACUCUUGAUGACAGACGUAACUGUCCAUUUAUAGAAGCUGUUGUUAUGGAAACCUUAAGAUAUUUAACAACUGCACUAUAUGGGGUACCACAUACGAAUGAAACAAGUUUGGAAUUUGAAGGUUUUCAAAUACCUGCAUGGAGUAAUGUAUUUGCUAAUUUGUGGUUUAUACACCAUGACGAACGAAUCUGGGGCGAUCCUUGGACAUUUCGACCCGAGAGAUUCUUAGAUGAUAAAGGUCAACUUCUUGAAAGAGGGCACGUGUUUAUAAAAAGUUUGAUUCCAUUCAGUGUAGGUAGACGACAAUGCAUUGGAGAAACAUUUGCCCGCUCACGGAUGUUUCUUUAUAUAGCCUCACUGCUUCAGCAAUGGACAUUCAUUCCGUCACCGGACAAAGUCGGGUCAUGUGAUCCAAGGAAGGGAGAUUUCGAGAUAAAUACAAUGAUAAGGAAACCGACCCUCUUUUGUACUGUAGAAGGCAGGGAGACUGAUGUUUGACUUUUUAAAUUGCAGGAUAAUUUACUGUAAGUUGGGAAGUUAUAUGUAAUCAAUUAAUGGUGUAGUGAUAUGAAUAAAAAUAUAUGUCGUCUUUGUAU